AUGGACGCCGAGUACCCUGCCUUCGAGCCUCCGCUCUGCAGCGAGCUCAAGCACCUGUGCAAGCGGCUCCAGGAGGCGUACCGGGAGCUGAAGGAGGACCUCACGCCUUUCAAAGAUGACCGCUACUACAGCCAAGGGCCCAAAGUAAUCCAGACUUCUGCAGCUAAUUUUUCACUAAAUAAUAGUAAAAAGCUGAAGCCAAUUCAAAUCCUUUCAAAUCCGUUGUCUACAUACAAUCAGCAACUGUGGCUGACAUGUGUUGUGGAGUUGGAUCAAUCAAAAGAAACAUCUAUUCAGACAAGUUUCCUCAUGACUGUUAAAGUUGACGGUGUAGCUCAAGAUGGAACCACCAUGUUCAUUCAUAACAAAGUUCACAACCGGACAAGGACCCUCACCUGUGCGGGGAAGUGUGCAGAAAUUAUCGUGGCACACCUCGGCUACUUGAAUUACACGCAGUAUACCGUGAUUGUGGGAUUUGAACACCUGAAGCUACCCAUCAAGGAAAUGAACUUUACGUGGAAGACUUAUGACCCUGCAUUUUCCCAGUUGGAAAUUUGGUUCCGAUUCGUCUUUGUGGUACUUACCUUCAUUGUCACUUGCCUGUUUGCACAUUCCCUCCGGAAGUUUUCCAUGCGAGACUGGGGGAUGGAGCAGAAGUGGAUGUCCAUUCUUUUGCCGCUGCUGCUGCUUUACAACGAUCCCUUCUUCCCGCUGUCCUUUCUGGUGAACAGCUGGUUCCCAGGCAUGCUGGACGAUCUCUUUCAGUCCGUGUUCCUGUGUGCCCUGCUGCUCUUCUGGCUGUGUGUGUAUCACGGGGUACGCGUCCAGGGAGAAAGGAAGUGUUUGACUUUCUAUUUGCCUAAAUUCUUCAUUGUGGGUCUAUUGUGGUUGGCUUCUGUCACACUGGGAAUAUGGCAGACAGUUAAUGAAUUACACGAUCCAAUGUACCAGUAUCGAGUUGACACAGGAAAUUUUCAGGGGAUGAAGAUUUUCUUCAUGGUGGUGGCAGCUGUGUAUAUCUUAUACCUUCUGUUCUUGAUAGUGCGGGCCUGUUCCGAGCUACGUCACAUGCCUUAUGUAGAUCUCAGGUUAAAAUUUUUGACUGCAUUGACUUUUGUAGUGCUCGUCAUUAGCAUCGUCAUCCUUUAUUUAAGGUUUGGAGCCCAAGUAUUACAAGACAAUUUUGUAGCUGAACUGUCAACUCACUACCAGAAUUCAGCAGAAUUCUUAUCCUUCUAUGGCUUGUUGAACUUUUACCUCUACACUUUGGCCUUUGUGUAUUCUCCAUCUAGGAACGCCCUGUAUGAGUCCCAGCUGAAAGACAACCCUGCAUUCUCCAUGCUGAAUGACUCUGACGAUGACGUGAUCUAUGGGAGUGACUACGAAGAAAUGCCCCUGCAGAACGGCCAGGCCAUCCGAGCACAGUACAAGGAGGGCUCUGAGAGCGACUGAGCCCCGGGCUGCCGGCAGGCCAGCGCCUUCCUGCAGCGCCGCUUCCUGGCCUUCCCGCUCCUGCUGGUGUUCAGGCUUGUCUCCUAAGCAGAGAUUUCCUUAUUUGUUUACGUAUUCUGAAAGGAAACCAAAACCAAGGAGAAAUUUAAACAUUGGGCCAAAUAUAUUGUUAGAGUGGCUGCAUUUGGGAAGAGAGGCGCUGGUAAGUGUGAACAGCCAAAUCCUUUUUCAAAGAUUUCAGGUGAGAAAGAGUUCAUUUUUAGUGGUGAGGAGGUAAUUACUCCUGUUUUUAGUCAUUUUUUUUUAAUAAUCUGCUAAUUUUGAGUCCAUAGAAAGCCCUUAUGAAUGAGGUCGUCAGCAUGGUAGCGUUCUCCUCUUUCUUCCCUGCCCUGUACCAGUUUCAGCCCCUUAAACUCAAAGGGAAGCCUAUUUUUGUGCCUGUCUCACAAGGGCAGACCUUCCCCAUUGAGUGUUCUGGAUAACCAAGCAUCCCGAGUGACUAGUAACUCCUGUCUCUUGUGUGAAAUGCCUACGUAAUGGCUCGUUAGGGAAAUGGUGGGCCAGCAGGUUCUAGCCCUUCGCCGCCGCCGGGCAGGACUCGUGUUGUGGGGUCUGAGGAGGACUGGCUGAGAUUCAGAAGGAAAGGGUAAGAUAACCGACAAGUGCCGGCUCCAGGGGAGAGGUCCUGCUGCCACAGUUUCCCAAGAGCCUGUGUACACACGUGUGUGCAUGCCAGCGGUGCAUAUCUGGACGUGAACAGAUGUCGCUGUGGUUGGGAUGGGGAAGAGGGUAUCCACUAUGGUUCCUAUACGCCGUCAUUUCUACAGCUCCUUUAGAGAUAACACCCCCAUGGAACUUUAUUAUUUUUCUUAUAAAAGCUAAACAGAGGAUUGAUAUAAUACAGAUUAUUGUGAAAAAGUUUUUCAGUUUCACAUUGGAAGCCUAGAUGAAAGAAGGUAAAACAUUUUCGAUGACUCGUGGAAGCACAUCUUUGGGUAGAAGGUCACUUGCUGGGAAGCAUGCCCUGCCCUCCAGUGGCCAGGGAAGAGGAGGGCCUGCGCUGGAAGAGAAAAGUUGUCUCGAGCUGCUGAAUCUGUGGCAUCACAAAAGGCCCUGGAGAGUUGCCAGUUCCUUUUUGUCAAAGACUCAGUGUGGAAGUCUGGUAUAGAUAGCGCCUUUCCUUUCCUCUGACAAUAACGUCUCUCUUGAACCAUUAACACCCGGUGGACGGCGAGUGGGCAGAUGCAGCGCGUUGGACAGGACUGUCCGCUCUGCAAGCAGUACCUACGUUCUCUUCAUCUAUGCAUUAACUCUCAAGUCGCUAGCAAUUGCAUUCACUUUAGGUAAUGCUGGGCCCUUAUAGAGGUUCAUGAGAGACUUUUCAUUAUGACUUCGCAUCUUUCUGUUUAAACUUUAGUGAUAACGUACCUUUAAUAUGGAUUCCAUUUGUUUUUAAAACCUUGUAAAUAUGAAAGUUUGAAUUAAAACAACUGUAUUAUUGCAAGGGUAAUUCAAGUUUACAUGGUUUUUACAUUUUCAAUGGUGUGAUUACUUUUUUUGAUGCUGUGUACUCCAGGGUAUUGGAAAAAAUUUUCUGUUACCAGAUUUUUCAGCUUCUACUAACUAUAAUUUUAUGUAAAUUGAUGAAAACUUACUUGUGCUGAUUAAUGUAUUCUAAUAUGUGAUAUAGUUUACAAGUUUUAAUCAUUAUUAAAUGUCCAUAAUUUGGAAUGCUGUUAUUUAUCAGUAAAUGUAAACUAUUUGAAGCAUUUAGCCACAUACAUUAGAACUUUUUAAAACUUGUCUUUGUCCUGUAGUGUAAUUAUAUUAUAAACUGAUGACUGAUAUCUUCAUACUUGAUUCUUCAUGGCAUCAAGUCACUGAAACGAAAAUAUGGGAGUAUUUAUUUACUUUUUGUAACUAAGUUGGAAACAAAUUAUAAAAGGAAGUACGUAAGGGGAAAAUGAUUGUUAAAUCGUGCAUUUUUGAUCUUGUCUCUAUCAUAUAUAUCAACAUAUUACGUACGCCAUGUAAAAAUUUGCUUAAACUAUAUAGCAUUUAGCAUGUAGUAUAUAUACCAUAGGUAUUAGGUUAAAACACUAAAGUCUGCCAGAAACUUUAGACAGUAGCAAGAAAAUUUUUUUUUCUUGGAGAGUAUCAGUUUUGCAAACUUCAGUUGUAAAUUCAAAGGGCUGACUUUAGUUCUUCCAUGGUAAUGGCUUGAAUAACAUCAUCUUUGGGAUAAUUUUUUACACUGGUCCAGUCUAGGGGAACCUGGAAGAUGACCGUACGUAUUUCAGCUUCCCUAGGGAGAGCAUCAUUAUCCGUGUGGGUAAUAGGUCUGCUUGAUUUAUUAUUAAAUCAUUACAGCAGUAAGUGAUGCAGUUUUCUCUCUCUUAAGCCCCAUUUGAAAGGCUAGAGAAGGGGAUAUAUAAAAUAUAUUCAAGGUUUGUGAGAUUGUUCCUGUACAUAAUUACAGAUUGCAAUAAAAGUCUAGAUACAUUAUGUAAACCCAGCCCAGUAAAUGGGCAGGUUACAAGACAAAUGUCACCAGCCUCAAGCAUUCCAUGAACUAUUUACUGAAGGUACAGUUGUGUUAAGUGGGUCACAUUAUGGUCAGUGACUUGUUUCCUGGAAUCCUCCUCACAGGGAAAACCAUGGAAGCUCAUAGACAGGAUAGUGAAAAGGGACAUCUUGUGAAUACGAGUUAAGUCACUAAAAAAUAUUUACGUACUUUGAGGAUUUUAGAAACCAAUUGCCUUAGAGGUUAGACUUUCAGGGGAAAAAAAAGCUACAAAUCUUUUCCCCAGGCCCAAGGGAAGUCGCUUCAGUCUGUGACAUUUUGUUAUCCUGUUCAUGUCGACAUGUUUUAGAUAUACUGGUAACUAUAAUACCACACAGUGAAACAGAAUUUUCUGCUACUGAAAACUGCCUUUUUACAAAAAGACUGUAAAUAUUUGUAAAAUAAAAACAACUUUAACCUUUUAAGUUCAAAAGGAAAGAACUAUGGAGUAGAUCUUGGAACUGUGUCCAUGAGCACAGUAACCCCUGAUCAUAGAACGAUCAGUUACCAAUCAAAAGCGAAUAAAUGUUUAUUUAUGGCAAACUUA